AUGGCCACCUCCAGCGACGGCGGCGGCGACCAGCGGCGCCUCCUCUCCAUCCCCAAGGAAGGCGAGCGCAUCAUCGCGCCCACGCGCCGCCCCGACGGCACGCUCCGCAAGGCCAUCCGCAUCCGCGCCGGCUACGUGCCCCAGGAGGAGGUCGCCAUCUACCAGUCCAAGGGCGCCCUAGUGAGUCAUCGUCUCCUUCUCCGAGCUUCCUCCCUCACAUCACCUAGUGCCGCGUUUCUAUUCGAUUUUAUUUUCUUAUCGGGUAGCUCGGCGCAGAUGAGGAAGUCAGGGCCCGACGUGCCGCCGGGGUACGACCCGGCGCUAGUGGCCGAUGCCAAACCCAAGACGAAGGCGGCCAAGCGGAACGAGCGACGGAAGGAGAAACGGCAGCAGGCCAGUUCGGCAAAUGAUAAAGGAAAGAGUACGGACAUAGAGGGAACUGAUGCUGGAGAAACUGACAAGGCUCUUUCUUCCAAAACGGAUAAGCAGAAGGAUUCAGUGGAAAGUGUAACAAAGCAGAUAAGUGGCAUUGCUAUUUCUGAGUCACAUGCAACGCCGUCCACAAAUACUACAAACAAUUCACAACCGGAAUCAUCUUUUCCAGACAUAGACAAGAAAAUUCGUGCACUGAAGAAGAAGAUACGUUUAGCUGAAGCACAACUACAAGGUGACCCUGAAAAAUUGAAAUCUGAGACGCUGGAAAAGAUGAAAAAGAUUGAUGGAUGGUGUAUGGAGCUGAAGCUUUUGGAGGACAAGAGAGCUCCUGCGGCCUAG